UUGUAAAGGCAAGAUAGGAAACUGAUGCACACAUGACAGUUUCUGACAUUUUGCUUGCUGAUAAGGUCAGAAGACGCUUUCGCGCAAUUAAAUCGCACUUAAAGACCAAUAAACCGUGGAGUAGCCUCACUCAUCGACAUGAAAAAGCAGAAGACUGCCAGAUAGAACGGAGAAACGCAACACUCAGGCCAUCCGACACUGACGAGCAGGUUAGGCUACAUAAAUGUUUUAAAUGGCGAAUAACCGCACCUCCUUUUCAAUUCACAACAUAUUAAACCGAGGAAGUGAUUCCGGGAGAAAUACCUUUCUUGUUGAGGACGCAGAUGAACGGGUAAACGGGAACAGAGGAGCACGGGACUCCACCGGUUCAUCUCUGUCGGUGCGUAAGACCGGACCUGAGAGCGCACAGAGGCGCAUCUCUUCCUGUGUGCUCGUGUUAGACUCAUCAUCCUCGGACCAGCAUUCAUGUGAGGAGGAAUCAACAGGUGAAGACACUUCAGAAAGACAACAAGAUCACGACACUGACGGAGAGAAGUCCCGGGGAUGUAACUUUGGAGUCAAUAACCCCAAAUCGAGCAAGAAGAGGUCUCGUGCCGCGUUCUCUCACGCGCAGGUGUACGAGUUGGAGCGGCGCUUUAACCUGCAACGCUAUCUGUCCGGACCCGAACGCGCGGAUCUGGCAGGUGCCCUCAAACUGACCGAGACACAGGUGAAAAUAUGGUUCCAGAACAGGAGAUACAAAACCAAACGGCGACAAAUGGCGUCCGAGCUUGCGACAACUCCGACGACAACCCUGGCAAAGAGAGUCGCGGUGAAGGUGCUUGUGAACAACAACCAGAGGCAAUACAGGGCCGAGGAGCUGCCCAAUCCGCCUGUACCUCCCUUACAUCCAUCAUUCCCUUACUAUCCCUAUAUGUUCUGCUUUCCGCCGUGGACCUCAGGAAACACUUUAAGUGGUGGCUUGUACUGAAUUACUGGAGCUUUGUGAGACAAAUCUAUAAUACAGCCAAAGUGCAUUUAUGAAGAACAGAGCAAACCAAAUCAUAUUCUUCCAACAGGAUUACUGAAUGUAUCCAAAGAAGCCAAAAGGAUAACCAGGGCAUUUUCACUACCAAUCAUUUUAUUUCAGAAGCCAAAGAGUAAACAUUUACUCAGUUGAAAUGUUUAUCAAAAUUGUUAUAAUAAAAUGCUUGGCCCUAAAAAGUAUCAAACGAGUUCUUAACUCAACCCCAAAGUUAAAAAUGUAGGAAUUAUAUUGCAUUAGAUAACAAAAUAAAAAAGUGUCAUCUGCAAAUAAAUGAUGUAAGACUUAUACUAAAAUCUAGCUUUUCAUUUUGUAUCCAUGUUUGUUUUUAUUUUUCUUAAAACAAAAGAUCCCAGAAUAACAUUGAGAUGAUGAAUAAAGCUACUUUUAAAGUUCACACAGGUGUAACAACAGAUGUAGUUUGUCAUAUAGUUGAUAUGGCCCGGUUUCCCGGACAGGGAUUAAACUAGUCCUAGACUAAAAUAAAUGUAAGAGCUGUCCAAACUGAAAACAACUUGCACUGACAUAUCUUAAAAUACACGUAAUGUUUUUAGUAAGGCAUGUUUGUAAAAAUUUAUCACUAAGGUCUAGUCCUGGCUUAAGAUAAUUCCUGUCCGGGAAACCACCUCAUAUAGUUUUAUUAAAGUAGAUAUAUUAUUUUGAAGAAGAAAAAAUAUCUGAUGUUUAAUUUUGUAUUUUUUAAGUCUUGGUUUGAUAAAAUAUCAUCUAAUGCAAUAAUACGUUUUUAAGUCUCCAAAUACUUUUUAGGGCCAGUGUGUAUGAUUUGAUAUGUGGCUUGUGUCUAGUUUGGGUUUUCUUUGUUUAUGACAAUCACCAGGAAAACCUUAAAACAAAUCUUCCAUUUAUUGUAAUACAGUCUACUGUGUGCACUAUAUCUAAAAUGUAUCGAAUGUAUCUAAGUUAUAUUCAGUGUCAAUGGCACUGGAUAAAUACAGGUUUUAAUAAAGGUUGUAUGCAUAAAGGAAAUAAUGUGGUACGUUUGAAAAACAUCUAACCGCAGUAGUACAAGUUCUUUAAAUGGUGUUUGUCAAAAUGAUGUACUCAGAUUAAUGACCGCAGGGCAAUAAUGUAAGAGGAAACAAUCAUCAAAAAGACUAAUGACAGGUGUUACUGUAUAACAGACUAACAUACAAAUAAUACAAAAAUGAUUCCCUCAGGGAGUAAGCAAGUCUUUACUUAAAACAAACGGGAGAAAUUGAGAUCAUUUUAAUGAAUAGAAAUCUUUUUUUUUUAGAUAAUGUUAAUGGACUGCUUAAAUAUGUUUUAAAUAAAACUCAUAAUUGACAUGGACAUUUAACAUGCAGUUAUUCAGGGAUUACAAUUACAGUUUAACAGCCAGUAUCAAUGGAGCAAAUGAUCUUUAAUCUGC